GCGCUGCUGCCGCUGCUGCUGCCGCUGCUGCUGCUGCUGCUGCCCGCGGGCGGCGGCGCCAAGUACGUGCGGGGCCGCAUCAGCACCAAGGAGGACUGGGUGUUCCUGACCCGCUUCUGCUUCCUCUCCGACUACGGGCGCCUCGAUUUCCACUUCCGAUACCCCGAGGCCAAGUGCUGCGAGAACAUCCUGCUCUACUUCGACGACCCCUCCCAAUGGCCGGCCGUCUACAAGAGGGGCAACAAGGACUGCCUGGCCAAGGAGUCGGUGAUCCGCCCCGAGAACAACCAGGUCAUCAACCUCACCACGCAGUACGCCUGGUCGGGCUGCCAGGUGCUGCUGGAGGACUCGGUGCGGUACCUGAGCUGCGCCAGCGGCCGCAGCUUCCGCUCCGUCCGCGAACGCUGGUGGUACGUGGCCCUCAGCAAAUGCGGGGGCGACGGGCUGGAGCUGGAGUACGAGAUGGUGCUGACCAACGGGAAAUCCUUCUGGACACGGCACUUCUCCGCUGAUGAGUUCGGCAUCCUGGAGACGGACAUCACCUUCCUCCUCAUCUUCAUCCUCAUCUUCCUCGUCUCCUGCUACUUCGGCUACCUGCUGAAGGGCCGGCAGCUGCUCCACACCACCUACAAGAUGUUCAUGGCGGCCGCCGGCGUGGAGGUCCUCAGCCUGCUCUUCUGCUGCGUCUACUGGGGCCAGUACGCCUGCGACGGGGUCGGCAGCGGCAGCCUCAAGAUCCUGGCCAAGCUGCUCUUCUCCGUCAGCUUCCUCAUCUUCCUCCUCAUGCUCAUCCUCCUGGGCAAGGGCUUCACCGUCACCAGGGGCCGCAUCAGCCAUGCGGGCUCGGUCCGGCUCUCGGUCUACAUGACGCUCUACAGCAUCACCCACGUCGUCCUCCUCACCUACGAGGCCGAGUUUUUCGACCCCGCGCAGGUGCUGUACACCUACGAGUCGCCGGCCGGCUACGGGCUGAUCGGGCUGCAGUUCCUCGCCUACCUCUGGUUCUGCUACGCCGUCCUGGUCACGCUCAAGCAGGUCCCCGAGAAGCAGCCCUUCUACCUGCCCUUCUUCGCCGCCUACACCCUCUGGUUCUUCGCGGUGCCGGUGACGGCGCUCAUCGCCAACUUCGGGAUCCCCAAGUGGGCGCGGGAGAAGAUCGUCAACGGGAUCCAACUGGGGAUCCACCUCUACGCCCACGCCGUCUUCCUGGUGAUGACGCGACCCUCGGCCGCCAACAAGAACUUCCCCUACCACGUGCGGACCUCCCAGAUCGGUUCGGCGGAGGGGGGGGCCGCCAAGUUCCCCCCCCGGCACGGCUACGGCAACGUCACCUUCAUCAGCGACUCCGUCCCCAACUUCACCGAGCUCUUCUCCAUCCCCCCCCCCGGCCCCAGCGGGUCCCCCAGCGGACCCUGA